UAUGAUGACGCGUAUGAAUUCGCUCUGCAGUAUAACGAGCUCUACAAUAAUAUGUAGACGGAACAAAUUGUUGUCUUCAAUAUCUGCGAUGGAUUUAACAAACAUUGAUGUGCAUUUCUAAAAUCCAUUUAUCCUCGUUCGAAACCUUGCUAAUACGUGUAUUGAUUGUGUUUUCUUUGCGUCGAGUCGUCUGCUCACAGGGAUCCUAAAUCGGCUUUGGCUAUGUUAUUGCAUCUAGGACUAAAGAUGGCUUCACGCCCACGGAUAGAAAAGUUAAGUGCUGUGAAUUCAGUGGAUAUGAGAUUGUGUUAAAGACUAACGAAGAUAACGUAACUCUACAUAUUGUCAGUGGUUGUUCAGUAUAGCAGGAUGGAAUGUUCUCGAUGUUGAUGCAUCAUAGAGUGAAACAGCCUCUUUAACGGAUCAGCAUGUUGUGUUAACAUCAUGAGCAACAGGGAUAUGCCGUAAAAAGUAUAUUGACACAAAUUUGUGCAGUGAUGGGAUAGGUAAAUAUCACGACUUCCGGUUCCGGUACCUUAAGAUUGACACCAUGUAGAUAUAGAUGAUGGCGGACAGUCUAUCGAACUCAACCUCAGUUCUGAGUGCGGAGGAGUCCCAGACUCCCUGGCCCUCCAUUAUCAUGUUCGCAACCGGAGUAACGGGAAAUGUGUUGGCCCUGAUUGUUCUUAUCAAGUCUCCGAACGAACAACGUCGGUCUGUCUUCUACCGACUUGUCGGAGUUCUAGCCCUCACUGAUCUUUUGGGUAUCUGUGCGACUUCCCCGGUCCCGUUCAUGGUAUAUGGCAAUCAGAUUCGCUUGAAGGAACGACCGCAAAUCUGUAACUACAGUUCCUUUAUGAUGAUAUUCUUUGGAUUUGCAACAGUGUUUGUGGUAGCGGUGAUGGGUGUCGAACGGUAUUUGGCACUGAUGCAUCCGUUCUUGUACAGUGAAAAAGUGACUACGUCCAAAGUGACGCAAACGUUGAUCGGUUUCUUCGUGGCGGCGCUUAUCUUGGGGUCAUUGCCUUUAUUGGGUCUUGGCUCAAACAUAGUUCAUUACCCCGGUACUUGGUGCUUCUUUAACUUCAAUGGUGAUACAAUUGAAGAUAGUAUAUAUGCCUUUCUUUAUUCAUGCGUUGGUAUUUUGAUGAUACUGAUGCUGCUUUUUACAAAUGUGAUAGUAACGUGUCUACUGGUGAAGAUGAGACGGUCGUCUGCUCUUCCCCACUACAGUAGCAACAGAGGACCGCCGGAACAGGAAUUACAGAUGAUCGUGUUCCUCUCGGGAAUAACAUUUACUUUUGUGGCCUGCUGGUCUCCUCUGAUGGUAGGUAACACUGGUGCCCUUUAUGCUACUGUGGUAUGGUAAUACUUAUACGGCCUAUACAUUGUUUUUGAUACUGGAUAAACAGUUGGUGCAAAUCAAUAAAAAACGUUAAAAAUGCAAUAGUUAGGUAAUAUGAAUGUAUCUACCUUCAACGUCAGUCUGGUGGCUGUGAA